UAACGGUAGUCUUCGCCCACCACUGGGUCGCAACAGGCGAGCAUUAACGAGGCCGCCACGAGCGAGACCGGUGGCUCCCGCCAUGGAAUUGGAAGCAUCCGCCGAGCUGCAGGGUCGGCGACCGCCGUGGCGUCGCACGGUGGCCGUGCAGGCCGCGCUCUGCCUCGCGCUCUACGCGGCCUUCAGCCUCGGGGAGCCGCAGCUCCGGCCGCGGGGCGGGGACGCGCUGGGCAGCGGCGGGCCCGCCGGCGGCGGCGUAUCCUUCAUCACCGUCGCGGGUGGCGCGCGGCCACCCGCCGACCAGGCUCGCCUCCUGAGGCAGAUGGAAAGCAUUGCAAAGGUUUAUGGCGUCAAGUUAGUGUUGGAUGUUGCUCAAUUGGGCGACGACCGGCUUUGGCAAAACGGUUCCCUGUACUUCCAAGCUCUGAAUAUCCCCUGGUAUUCCACCACAUCACAUGGGCAGAUAGUAGAUAAUUUCUUGAAGAAGGUGAAGAUGCCAUAUGAUCAAAUUCUGGAAAUUAUUGGUGUUGACACAGGGCCUCUUCAGGAACUUCUACAUCAUGGAAAAGUGAGCAAUUCUAGCAGGGAGCAAAUUACAUGGUUGGAACAAACACUAGCACUGAGCAGCAGUAACUGGAAAAUAGUUGUUGGAUAUGAUGCGUUAGUUGACUGCAAUGAGGUGCACACCACAAAAACAGUAAAAUUCUACGAGCCACUUCGGAAUAUUUUUCAAACAUAUGCAGUGAAUGCAUAUGUUAGCACAAGUGGUUCUUGUGGAGAGUUUCAUGAAGAGAAUUCAAUGUUGUAUAUUCAAAACCCCAGCCCUGGUGAUCACAAUAAUUUAGAUGGUUUCUUCUUGCACAGAGUCAGCCCUCUAGAGAUGGAAUCCCUGUUGAUAAACUUAGAAGGCGAGGUUGUUCAAAGAUCUUUAGUACACCAGCAGGGAAGGGGAGCCAUAUUCGUUUGAUGGGAAGCGGGAACGUGUUUUGGCUUCAAAGUCUUCCCGAAGAUUAGUGAGAAACUAGAUGCCGAAGGGAACAUCGAGCAAGGGAGGAUGGCACCCUCAGCGUUCAGGGAACCCGACUGCUUCAAGGGCGGGCACCGCGUCCUCCACAUCCACAGCGAAAAGACUAUGCAACUCGCCAGGAUGAAGGUUUGGCCAGUCCCAAGCACCGAGCUCCUUGCCCCGACCCUAGAGAAGGCGCGAGCAGGCACCUCGUCGUCCAGUCCGAGUAGGCUUGGGACGAGUGGAGUGGAGUUUGAAGUUAGCCAAUACGUCGCCAGGAACGCUGGUG